AUGGUCAGUGGACGCCCCAACGCCCCAGCUCCUAAAAAGAGACCUUUGACAAUGGAAUUGUUGGAUGAGAUGCGUCAACGAGCUAAAGAUAGCAAUGAUCCUGCAGCUCAACUAGACUAUGCAAAGGCCUUGAUUGAAGCUGCAGUGUCGUUUGGCAAUGAUGAUCCAGAUCCCAAGCGACAAAAGAAAACUAAAGAAGCGUUAUUUAUGGAAGGCCUCAAGAUCAUUAAACGGCUGGCAACGACGGGAAUGGGUAUGGGCAAGCCUGCUUAUCCUGAUGCACAGUUCUUUUUGGCUAACUGUUAUGGUAAUGGAUCAUUGGGUCUGCAAAUCGAUCAUGACAAAGCGUUCAAUUUAUACAUCCAGGCCUCAAAGCAGAACCACCCUGCAGCGACCUAUCGUACUGCAGUUUGUCAUGAGCUCGGCGCAGGCACAAAACGUGAUCAUAGUCGAGCAGUGCAGUUCUACCGCAAGGCAGCUUCUUUAGGUGACACAGCAGCGAUGUAUAAGCUUGGUAUGGUCAUCUUGAAGGGUUUGUUGGGCCAGCAGAGUAAUCCAAGGGAAGCGAUCACAUGGCUGAAACGAGCUGCUGCCAAUGCAGAUGAGGACAAUCCUCAUGCAUUACAUGAACUUGGAUUGUGUUUUGAGAAGGCUGGUAUUCCCUCUGUAAUUCCAGAUGAGGCAUAUGCUCGAGAGCUGUUCACACAGGCUGCAGGAUAUGGCUAUGCGCCUAGUCAGUACAAGUUGGGACAUUGCUAUGAGUAUGGACUACUGACGUGCCCUGUGGAUCCAAGGAGGAGUAUUGCUUGGUAUACACGAGCAGCUGAACAAGGAGAUGCAGAGUCAGAAUUGGGAUUGUCUGGAUGGUACUUGACAGGCUCUGAAGGCGUACUGAAACAAAGUGAUACAGAGGCAUACCUUUGGGCUCGUAAGGCUGCAGAUAAAGGAUUGUCGCGAGCAGAAUACGCUGUCGGAUACUACUCGGAGGUUGGAAUUGGCGUAAAGCAGGAUCUGGAAGAAGCAAGACGGUGGUAUCUGCGCUCAGCUGCGCAGGGUAACGGUCGUGCAAAGAAGCGCCUGACUGAUAUGAAGAAAUUGGGUGCUAUGCGCCGAGUCCGUCAUGAGCGAGGACGACAAGGUGGACAAGGACCAGAAGAUGAAAAUUGCAAGGUUAUGUAG